UUUCGCGCAAAGUUUUUCAACAUGGCAAUGUCAAGAAGUACCGCUGUUGGCUCGAUAGUCACUGGUUGUAUAUUGCUGGGUUUUGCUCUCAUCACAGUGAUCUGUGGCGCAAUUUUAGCGAGCAAGUUGUCUGGUCCUGUAGCCGCCUCAGCCGGUCUGUGGUCUGUUUAUUACGCUGUUCCAGGGAUACUCACUAUUGUAGCAGGAGCAACUAAAAACGGUGUUGUGAUGGGCUUCGCCUUGUUCUUCAAUAUCCUCGCAGUGAUUGUUUCUCUGGGCGGUUCGAUAACACUGGUCAUUUUUACUGUUCUGUUAAAUGAAGUCCUCAAUUACAAUAACUGUUCAACUGCUGGGAAUACCUGCACUUGUAUAUACAAUAAAAGUCCUGGUGAGACAGACAGUGAAUCGUGGAAUAUGAAAUGCGAUGAUCUUGAUACGGUUCAUGCCAUAAUCAUCGUUUGUCUUGUUGUAUUCAUCAUUCUUACUAUCACCAGCUUAACCGCAUCAAUUUUCGGUUGCCUGGGAACCUGCUGUGCUCCUGUGGAUCCAAUUGUUGUUGUCACAGCUGGCGCUCCAAUGCAACCCACGGGCGCUACAGUUGUUGUUGCCAGCAACCAAUCGUCAUCUUCCCAACAUGGUUACCCAGGAGGAAUUCCGCCUGCUUAUGGCUACGGCCAACCUCAAGCAUACGGGGACAAGAGCGGACUUGUUAAUAACAUGGCUAUUUGAAUCUGCUG